AUGGCGAAUUCAAUGUCGUCUGGGAAGGUGGUUCGGCUGGCCGUCACCGACUUCCUUUUUACAAUCGUGUGGGCGAUAGGGGUGUCGUGUACGGGCGCCACGGUGGCAGUACUCGCUCCAUACGUCGCCGCGGACGAUGAGACCUCCGUUGCUCUCCUCUUGGCGAUCGCCAUCGUGCAAAUCGUGGGGUUCGGAGGAGCGGCGGCCGCGUUGGGGGGGGCGUCGUUUAACCCGCUGGCGAAUCUGAUCAACUACCUCGCUGAUGAGGCCGACGAGACGGCGCUCGGCUUGCUGCUGCGCUUCCCCGCUCAGGCGGGAGGCAUGGUCAUAGGCACCAUGCUGACGUGGGAGUUCAUUCCGGAAUCUCUAAAGCACACCGUUAACGGGCCCGCGCUGCCACCUGGCGUGUCAGUAUUGGCCGGUGCGACGGCGGAAUUCACCCUCACGUUUGUGCUGAACCUGGUGGUGCUGUGGACACUGUUCCUGGGCCCCAGCAGCGACCUCUCAAAGGCAUUCAUCAUGGUCACCGCCACAAUAGUCGCCAUUGCUGCUGGAAUGGGCUUCUCUGGUCCCUCCAUGAACCCCCUCUUCGUAAGCGCUAGCCCCCCUUCCUCUCUCCUUCACUCACACACUCGCUCUCACCCUUGCUCCCACACUCUCGCUCUCCCACGCUCGCUCUCACGCGCGUUUCUGCUGAACCUGGUGGUGCUGUGGACGCUGUUCCUGGGCCCCAAGAGCGACCUCUCAAAGGCAUUCAUCAUGGUCUCAGCCACUCUGGUCACCGUCACUGCUGACAUGGGCUUCUCUGUUCCCUCCAUGAACCCCCUCUUUGUAAACCCCCUUUUGAGUCGACCAAACAUCAAAGGCAUUCAUCAUGGUCUCUGCCACUCGGGUCGCCAUCGCUGCUGA